UCAGAGGGCAGUUUGCAGCCGGACAGUAGACCAGGCGCGCUGCAGGCCUUUGCUGCCCAUCUGGCAGCAUUUCGAAGAGCAAGUUUUAUCCAUUCCCUGGGAAUCCUGCCGUUUGAGGGACAACCAAGAGGCUGCUAUGAAUUUUGCUGCACAGCUAUUCUACUCCAGCGCAUUAAAAAGUGGAUUUCGCAGGGAAGGCAACCAAGAAGAAAAAGAAUACGAUCCAUUCUGGCAAAGGGAUGAAAGUAAAGCAAAAAAUCUAGAGGCAUCUGCACACUCUGAAUUUCAGUGGUAUAAGGAUAGGCAAGUAAGAAAUGGCCGUGCUGAGCAAAGGAGACCUUCUAUCCACCCAGAGAGACUGAAAGAUUUUGGGGAGGAAGAGGAUUCAAAUGGGGAAGUGCAGACAUGGGAGAUGAAGAUAUUUAGCCAUGAUGAGGAACAGAUAAAUGAUUCUGCCACCUGCCCAGAUGAAGUUAGCCCACCAGUUUACAGUAACUGCAAAAAAAUUGAAGAUACCAGCGCUGCAGCAUUCAAAAUCCAGUAUGGAGUCCUGAAAACCCCCUGCACGUAUUCUAGGCUUUCAAAGCAAUAUGGAAUGGACAUAUAUCUAAAGAAAGAGAUUCUUCAGUAUACAGGAACUGUGAAGGAGCGAGGUGUCCUUUACCUUUUGAUGUCUUUAAAAGAGGACCAGCAAAGAAAUGGUGUGAUCGUUGCCUCAGACAGCAACUUUUCCAUGGCUGUAGCAUAUCAUGCCUCAGAGCUCCACAUUCCUGUCUUUGUCAUCAUGUCCACUUGCACCCUGCCAACCAGAGUGAAAAUGUGUCGCGAGUAUGGUGCCAUGGUCAUUUCCUAUGGUUCUACUGCCAGGGAUUCUCAGCUGCAUGCCAAGAGACUAGCGCAAGAAAAUAACUACUUAUACCUUGAAGAAGAUGAUAGUGCUAUCUAUCUAUCAGGGCUGGGGACCAUGGGUUUGGAGAUCUACGAACAGGUGCCCAAACUGGAUGCAGUGAUAUUACCAGCAGGGACUCCCAGUGGACUGCUGGCCAGCAACUCCACUGUCUUGAAACAUCUGAACCAACAUGUCUUUGUGGUUGGUGUAGCACUGGAGAACGUCCCUGUAGGACAGCAGUCCUUAAAGAUGGGACAACCGGUUGAAGAUCAGGCCUACAGCUGCCCUCAGUUUUACAGAGAAGUGAGUGGAUGUUUUGGCCCCAACUCUUUGCAACUGACGGGGAACGGGGUUGAUAAAGUUGUAACAGUGAGCAAAGAGGACAUUUUGAUUUCUAUGCUGAGGUUCUUGGAAUAUGAGCGUGCUGUCGUUGAUGCAGAAGGAGCCAUUGGACUGGCUGCUCUAGUGUCCGGGAAGCUGCCAGAGUUAAAAGGCAAAAGAGUGGCUGUUGCUGUGUGCAGUGGAAACAUGGAACUCUCUCUGAUGCGGCAGUGCAUGGAUCAUGCCCUUACUCUUGAUAACAGAGUAUGCAAAUUCACUAUCAUGGUCACUGAUUGUCCAGGAGAUAUUGCAAAGCUACUGGAGACCUUGGCUCGCGAGGAAGCCAGAAUAUUGGAUAUCAGACAAGAACACUCAUACAUGAGAGCUGAUUUGUUCACCAGUGAGGUCACCUGUGUUGUAGAAACCAGAGACAGAAUCCAUACCACUCAGUUAAAAAAGAUCCUCACAGAGCGCUAUCCAGUGAUAACAUGGAUGGAACGGUGAAGAUCAAUACAGCUGAUUGAGAAGCUCCACUUUUUAAAAAAAAUAUGGAAAGCUAAAUAUAUUGCAAGUAGUAUUUAUUUCUAGAACAUCUUCUUUAUACUUUGUGAUACAACUCAGUAACAGAAUUGACGUAUGCCUGCCCCAAGAGAUUGCAAUCUCAAACAACUAUCAAUAUGGAGUAAAUAGCUUUAAGUUUUCCAAAAUCAUAAAUCUUGCAAAAUCAGGAGUAACUUAAUUUUUUUUCCAUUCAGGAGAGUUUUUGUACAGAACCCUAAAAGGCAUAAAUUGAACUCCAGUUCAUAAUUCUAUCUUCCUCAGUGUGCAGAGAACCAAUAGAGUACUGUAGAUGUUCUUCUUGAUGACAGUUCCUUCAUAAUUGCUGGGUCAAUCCAAUGUUGCUACACCACCAGCCCAUAAAAAUUACAGGUUAAAUGUUUACUAAUCUGCCUACUCACUGUUAGUUAUUUGUGGUACACAGUCUGGAAGAAAAGGACCAACCUGUGUUCUUCACCUUAAAAAUGCUUCUCUAACUAGUCAUCUACAGACAGUAUUUCCUCAGGAGAGUUGAUCUUGCAAAUACUUUUUCCAAGUCUGAAUUGUUUUAAUCUUUAGUGAUCUUGAUAAUUUUGGAUCUGGCAAGUACUUGUAUUAGGACUCAACCUUGCCAUGGCUCAGUUUAAAAUUUAGUUUUUUAAGAGAACACUGGACAAUACUUUGGGUUAUAGUUCCCUUUAGAACAUGCCCCAUUUUUAAGUAAAAUUUAUUCAGACAUCAAAGCAGUUGAGUUUAGUCCUAGGAAAUCAAAUCAUGCAGAUUUGCCAUGUAUUUCAGCCUGGUUGGAAGAGAUUCCACCAAAGAAAAAAUAUAAGUAAGCCCAUUAAGAUGGCUUUCACAUUAGGCAUCUCACAUUCAUUUAUUCUUGCUAAAGAGUUCAGUCACUUGUGAUUAUCCCAUGUUUUGUUUUUCAUCACAGAAAGCCAAAAUGUAAUGUAUUUUCCAAAUAUACAGAUACCUGAAUAAGCUCACUGCAUCUUUUGUUGCAUAGUGGUAACCACUGGUUGACUUUCUCUGGAUUGGAAGCUAAGCA